AUGUAUAAGAAUACAGUUGGAACCACGAAUUUGCCUGGCUGCUUCAAUGGCCGCCUCCUUUAUUCCUGCGCAUUGAUUGCGCUCUCGCAACUCAACUUUGGCAUGGAUCAGUCAGCCUUCAGCAACACGCAAGCGAUGCCCGCAUUCAAAGAAAUGUACGGAACCUACAACAAAACUACCAAAGCAUACGAUCUCGAUGCCGUCUUUCUGUCGCUUCUAAACAGUGUGCAAUUCGUCGGUUUCGUUUUCGGUCUUGUCUUCGGCAAUCUGCUUAGUCGGCGCUUUGGCCGUCGAAUCGCAAUGUUCGUCAUGUGCUGGUGGGCCAUUCUCUCCGGCAUCAUUCUCCUGCUGUCAAAGACACAGACGCAGACCAUAACAGGCCGAACGAUUGCGUAUGUCUAUAUUGGAAUGGAGUUGGCACUCGUCCCAGUUCUACAGUCCGAGCUUGUGCCUGCUCAGGCCAGAGGCUUUGUGGUAGGAACCUAUCAGUCAGGUCUCUUGCUCGGAAGCUUAAUAAUGGCUACCAUCUGCCGAGGAACUAGCGAGAUUGAGGGCCAUGCUUCUUGGAAAAUCCCGUACGGGCUUUUCUUCGUCAUCCCUUCGUUCCUGGCGGUCGGCGUAUGGUGGAUUCCGGAGGACGAUAUUCUUCUGAGGAGAUCGAAGUCGAGUUCAACAAUAUGCGGACGGCCCUUAGCCAGAAUAUUAAGAAAGGAUCGCCUAAAGACCUAUUUCAAGGAAGUCAGUAUAUUUCAAAAGAUCUAUGUGACAGUGGUUACUGACGUUGUUUUUUCCGAAGCCAACCGAAAGCGGACUCUGAUUACGAUCGGAGUGAACAUCUUUCUUCAGCUCACGGGGCAAAACUUCAGCUCCAAGUACGGGACCGUGUUUAUACAGAGUAUCGGGACUGUGAAUCCUUUCGUCAUGUCUUGCAUCAACUCUGCCGUUGGGAUCGUCGUUGUUCUAAUCACCCAAUUCCUUUCUGACAAAACUGGUCGCGUACCUCUUCUUACCGCUGGAGCUUUCAUUCAGACUGCAGCUUUGAUGGUAAUGGGUGGAUUAGGAACUGUGGCCCAACCAUCCUGGAGUGUUAAAACAGGCAUUGUCACUAUGGUCACCAUUUUCAACGUGGGCUUCUCGCUUGGAUGGGCCCCACUCUCGCAUGUUGUUGCCGCUGAGAUCCCAACUACUGGCCUCAGAGACUUGACUUACGCCUUAGGCUCGGUGUUCAAUAUUGUGAUUCAGUGGGCUGUUGCAUUCAGUGUCCCCUACUUGCUCAGCGCUGAAUACGCGGGUCUUGGGUCCAAGGUUGGCUUCAUCUUUGGUGCGACUUCCUUCUUGGCCAUCCUCUUCUCUCUAUUUUGUGUUCCCGAGUGCGGAGGAAAAACACUUGAAGAGAUCGACGAAUUAUUCCUCCGUGGUGUUAGUAUCAGGGAUUUCCGUAGGGUUAAAAUAGCCCCUCACAUCGGCGACCUUGAAGACGGUCCCAAGACGAAGAAGAAUGGGUCUGAAAUUUCGGUUGCAGAUGGACUGAAUUAA